GUCCAUUUCAGCAACGUUUCGAUAUCCUUGACAAAUGAUAUCGUCUGAAAUACACCGGGUAGGAAGUAAUAGCUUGAGGUGUAAAACAGCCGAUGUCGAAAAUCCUGCUUCCGCAAGGGACCCUGUUGUAGCUGUUGCGAACCGUGCGUAUUUGUCCCUGAGGCCCUGGUCAUGCAUCCGUUCUGAGUGCUGCCUCAUAGCGAGGCGAGUGCGUAGUAUUUAUUUAGCUCAACCAUUUGUAUCUCUUGCUUCCGUACCGAUUACCUUAAAUAGACCCUCUAUAACCACCCUGGCUUCUACACCCUACUUCAUGCAGACACACACGCACCUACACUCACAGACCCGAGCCGGAACGGAUAGCGCCGUUACGAGUGAGGGGUCACGACAGUAGCGUUGUAGUGUAAAGGUUGUCCCUCUUAUGGGGGUUGUUCUUGGUCUAAUGGACUCAGACUGCACUCUAGACAGCGC